AUGAACGCGGUCUGGUCCACCUCCUUCUCUUCCGCUUCCCCCGGGGUGUGGUCUGUCUUCAGGGGUCUCCUUCUCGGUUUCUUCGCACUUUUACUUCUGGACGUGAGGGUUGUUUGCGACCAGAGCGCACUGCUUUUACACCGGAAGAAGGAAAAGGUAAACCACACGUCAGCCAUGGCCUCCACCUCAAACACAGCCUUUGCCUUGGAGCUGCUCCGCACUUUGAGCCAGGACAAGCCCACAGGAAACGUCUUUGUGUCUCCUUUGAGCAUCAGUUCAGCUUUAGCCAUGGUUUACUUGGGUGCUAAAGGUACCACUGCCACUCAGAUGGCCCAGGCUCUGUCGUUCAGACAAGGAGAAGGUGUCCAUGCAGACUUCCAGACUCUUAACAGUCAAAUCAAUGGACCUGCUACUUCCUACAUCCUAAAACUUGCCAAUCGUCUCUAUGGAGAAAACACUUAUAACUUCCUUUCUGAAUUCCUUGAGUCCACACAGAAGUUCUAUCAGGCAGAUCUGAAGUCGGUGGAUUUUAUGGGUGCUCCGGAAGAAUCCAGAGCAGAGAUCAAUAGCUGGGUGGAAGAACAAACGGAAAACAAAAUUAAAGACCUUUUGAAAUCUGGAACCGUCAGCACAAUGACCAGACUGGCCUUAGUCAACGCUAUUUACUUCAAAGGAAACUGGAUGAAUAAAUUUGAUGCAACGAACACCAAAGAAAUGCCUUUCCACGUCGAUGGUAGUGAGAAGAAAACGGUGCAAAUGAUGUACCAGAUGAAGAAACUGCCCUUCAAUUACAUUCCUGAACAUGGCCUUCAGAUCCUGGGACUGCCGUAUGUGGACGAAGACCUGAGCAUGUACAUCCUUCUGCCCGAGGACACUGCGGCCGGGACACAGGGUGUCCGCAAGAUUGAGAGCAUUCUAACACAAGCAAAUCUUGAUGAGUGGACUGAUCCUGCUAUGAUGGAGUCUGUAGAUGUACAUGUCCAUCUUCCCAAAUUCAAGUUGGAAGAAGACUAUGAGCUGAAUGAACCACUCGCCAAAAUGGGCAUGGUGGAUGUUUUCUGUUCAGCCAAAGCUGAUCUGUCUGGGAUGAACGGUGAAGGUGGACUCUUCCUUUCCACCGUGGCCCAUAAGGCCUUUGUGGAGGUGAACGAGGAGGGCACAGAGGCGGCAGCAGCAACAGCUGGAAUGGUGGCUUUCUGUAUGUUCAGAGAGGAGCACUUCACAGCAGACCACCCAUUUCUGUUUCUCAUCAGGCAUAAGGCCACCAACUCCGUACUUUUCCUUGGAAGAUUCAUGACUCCUCAGUAG